CCAGUUAGUGAUCUAACGGCAAAGGUUCCGAUGCGACUCUUCGUAGUGUUUAGUGUUUGUGUGGCGAUGGCCUCCGCCGGCGGUUAUGGAGGUGGUGGAGGCGGUUAUGGAGGUGGAGGAGGAGGUGGUGGAGCAGGAGGACACGCAUCGUCCUCCGCUUCUGCAUCCGGCGGAGCAAUUGGAGGAUCAGGAGGCCAUGGAUCUGGAGGCCUUGGAGGUGGCGCCGGCGGUUUUGGCGGCGGCCUUGAUAGCGGCUUCGGUGGAGAUGGUGCCGGUGCUUCAUCGAGUGCAGGAGCCUCUGGUGGUGGACUUGGAGGAGGUCUAGGCGGAGGAUCGAUAGGAGGUCCCUUUGGAGGCGGUGGCCACUCAGGUGGAGGAGGCGGACACUCCGGUGGAGGAGUUAUUUCCGGAGGAGGAGGCGGACACUCCGGUGGAGGAGGACUAGUUGGAGGAGGAAGCAUUGGAGGAGGUCCCUUCGGUGGAGGUUCCAUUGGAGGAGGACAUUCCCCUGGAGGCGGAAUCGGUGGAGGUCCAGGAGGCGGCUUUGGAGGCGGUGGAAGCUCAGCAUCGUCAUCUGCCGGGGCUAUCGGAGGUGGUCAUGGAUCCGGUAAGCCCGGAGGUGGCUACUCUGGAGGAGGUGGAAUCGGCGGUGGUGGAUUUGGACCGGGAGGUGGACACUCCGGAGGAAAUGGAAUCGGUGGUGGAUUCGGACCAGGAGGUGGCAUCGGAGGCGGAUUCGGACCUGGUGGUGGAAUCGGCGGUGGACACGGAGGACCUGGUGGAGGUGGACACUUUGGUGGCGGCUUAAGCGGAGGUGGUAAACAUAAAGGCCACGGAGGCGGCGGCUUUGGAGGCGGUCCUGGCGGGGGCUUUGGAGGAGGUCAUGGAGGAGGUGGCGGCUUUGGAGGAGGCGGCUAUGGAGGCAGUCUUGGAGGCGGAGGCGGCUAUGGAGGCGGUCCUGGAGGCGGUGGCGGCUAUGGAGGUGGUCCUGGUGGCGGAGGCGGCGGUUAUGGAGGUGGCGCCCACUCGAGUGCAUCUGCAACGGCCAGUGCGUCCGCGGGUUCCGGAGGUGGAUACCAUGGCUAGACUUGUUACCGAUACUCAACCAUUCCUCAAUAGAUUCAAAGUAUUACAAACGAAUUCAAUAAACAAGUUCUGAAAAAACUAAACUGUGAAA